GCUACCCCAGAGAGCUAGUCAUGCGGUCCCGAGCGUGGCUUGACUCUGCAACUGCUUUCGUGGACUGCCGUGGGGUAACCGUCUGGACCAUGAGAAUAAUAGAAAUGAUCUCGCAGCCAAUAUGAUCAUGUCCAGUCCUAUCAACGAACACGUACCUUCUUCUACUUCUACCAUCGCGGGAUCCCUAGCUGCUUCAUCAAAUUCGCCGUCAACAUGGCCACCAAUGGCACGAGCAAUGCAUCAUCCGACGUGACGGACGUCGAUUUUCUCGUCGUUGGAAUGGGUCCUGCAGGCGCUGGCCUUGCUUGCUUCCUGGCUCAGAAUAAACUCAAGGGCCUCGUCGUCACCAAUCAACCAAGCACUGCGAACACGCCUCGAGCACACAUUAUGAGCAUGGCGGCACUAGACUGUCUUCGUGACAUUGGCGUGGACAAACAGUGCUACGAGGUGGGGACUAAUGGUGAUACCAUGGCACACACCAUCUGGUCAUCGUCCAUGGCAGGCGAAGAAUACGCACGCAUUCACGCAUGGGGUAACUCACCCAAGCGCAAGGGCGAUUAUGAGCUUGCGAGCCCAUCUGUCCACAUCGAUUUGCCACAGUGGCAGUUGGAACCAAUUCUGACCACCUACGCCUCUCAAAAUGGAUUUCGCCUGCGAUUCGACACUGAACAUGUUUCAUUCGAGCAACUUGACAAUGGCGAAGGCAUCGUCAGCACCCUCCGAGAUCGGCUCACCGGUCACACAUAUCGCGUCAAAGCAAAAUAUCUUUUCGGCGCCGACGGCGGACGGAGUCGAAUCGCAGAAGCAUUGCAGCUCCCAUUCGUGGUGAAGCCAGGCGGUGGACCUGCCACCAACGUUCUCGUUGAGGCAGACCUCUCGCAUUUGAUGAAGAACCGCGUCGGUAAUCUACAUUGGGUUAUGCAGGCAGAUCGGGAGACGCCUGAUUGGGCAGCCCUAUCAUGUGUCCGAAUGGUCAAACCGUGGUCCACCUGGGUCGUCGGAUUGGUUCAUAGACCGGGGUCGGAUAGACAACGUCGGUCGGAUGAGGAAUACGUCAACCGUAUCCGAGAGAUCAUCGGCGACGACUCUGUUGACAUCAAAAUCUUGGGCGUGUCGACCUGGAAUAUCAACGAGAUAUAUGCAGAUCGCUAUUCGAAAGGAGAUGUAUUCUGCCUCGGAGACGCUGUCCAUCGCCAUCCUCCGAACCAUGGACUCGGCUCGAACACUUGCAUCCAGGAUGCCCACAACCUCGCUUGGAAAGUUGCAUACGUCCAGCGUGGAUGGGCGGGAAAAGAACUACUGUCAUCGUUCAAUGACGAGCGACAGCCUGUUGGCCAGGACAUCGUGACUCAGGCCAAUGAAUCUUCCCGUAACCACCUGAAAAUAUGGCAGAUCCUCGGCUGCUUUGAACCCGGUCCCGAGGCGGGUAAGGCUGCUCUAUCUGUACUCAAAGAGGCCUCUCCCCGCGGCCAUCAACGUCGCAAUGACUUUCAAGCGGCACUCCGACUUCUUGAUCGAGAAGAGCACGGUCUUGGCAUUGAGAUGAAUCAGCGCUAUCGUUCGACGGCGGUCUAUCACGAAGAUGAGAAGGAUGGGCCCCCUCCCUUUGACAAGGAUCCGCUGGAGCAUUACCACCCAACCACAUAUCCUGGCUCGCGCCUUCCCCAUGUAUGGCUGAGCGACGCAAUCCCAUCUGCCCCAAUAUCGACGAUUGAUCUUGCUGGGAAGACCCGUUUCACCUUGAUCACUGGUAUCGGAGGCGACGGCUGGCGGCAUGCAGCUGAGGAAGCGACAAAAACGCUCGGCGGCGUGCCCCUUGAGGUAUAUCAAAUCGGCUUCCGCCAGCAGUAUGAAGAUCGCUACAACGACUGGGCGAAGCUACGGGGGGUGACAGAAUCCGGCUGCGUGCUCGUGCGACCGGACUAUUUUGUGGCCUGGAGGUGUCAGGAAUGGGAAGAUGGCAGUGCUGAAAAACUGUUGCAUGUCCUCAAAGCAGUCUUGUCUCGCUGAGUGCGGACAACAGCAGCCAGUCGAUGGGACAACCUCCGUCUGUACAUAGAUGCAAUGUCAAGUUCGCAAGGUGCGCAUAACUCAAAGCCAGCACGCCGCUCAAACAGCCCUUCCUCUCAAUUCUCAUUCUUCUGCGGGUGCGACGGCGUGCAAGGCACCAUUCAUGCCAACGUGCUAUGUUACAGCAAGUUGAAUCUGGGCUGUGAGCUUCAUGCCACCGUCGGUGCCGACAAUUCCUGCAACGCACAAUGAACGCAGCGAAAGCCGGUCGUGCGGCUUGACCAGCUUCGAAGUGAGUCGAGCAU